GCAUCCCAGCUCGCCGCCGCCGCUCCCCGCAUCACGUUCACGGCGGGAAGAACACAUUGGCUCCACUCCCGACUCACUGAUGACACGACCCGAUCACCCAGACUCAAGGAAGGACACUCAAUACAAUGACGCCUGACUCCGGAAAACCUCCCGUCUCGAUUUUAGUACUAUUUUAACGUGUCUGUUCUCUUUCUCUAGUAUCGUUGACUAUAGGAUGUGGUCAUUUUUGUCUUUUAUGUCAUUAGCUAUUAUAAAACUGCAUCAGGUAACGAAUAGAAGGAAAAGAGAGAGAGAUAUAAGAAUAAUAGGUUACAGUACGGAGUCGAAGAUUAGGCUUUUCGUAGCACAGCAACUCGUACAAUAAGACAUGGUCGUUGUCUCAGUAAAUAUUAGGUUCUUUAAUACGACUGCUAUAAAACUGACUGACGGGACUGAAGGGGAAACAACACCAUUCUUCUGUAGUCAAUAUUUAAGUGGGAGGUGGAUAUUAGGAUUCCAUGAGCAGAUUAGCAACAACGCAACAAGCAAACCUCCCACAACUAGGCACGUUUGAUCAUGUUAUCUUGCCUCUGCUUCCCCUUACAGAUGGUCCCUGUCUUAUUUAGUUCGCAAAAGAUACCCAACUUAAUUUGUCAUUGAUAACUUUGUAAGCCUUCAUCGGUACAAAAUAAAAGGAAAAUACGUAGCUCGGAGUUGGAUAUUAGUUUGUUUGUUUGUUUUCAGAGCAUCUCGGUAUUAGGGUUGGCUGCUUUUACUGCAAUCAUUAUAUAGUAUUCGGUUAUACUAAAAAAAUUACUAGUACAGUCAAGAUAAUAGGGUAAUGCUCAGACCAGAGAGGAACAAAUGGAAGAAAUAGCCCUGCGUUUAUAGCCUAGUAUUGCUGUUACCAAGGAAGGUCGUUUACCCUGGCUACCACUUCCUCGAUAGUGAUCUCCGCCUCCUCCUCCUUCUCCGCCUCCUCCUCCUUCUCCUCCUCCGCCUCCUUCUCCUCCGCCAUCCGCCACGACACAGCUGAUGGUGGAAGGAAACCCGAGAUUAAAGGAUAUUAGCUUGGAUUUGGAGAUGCUGCCGCGGCGAGAUGUGUGGGCUGUGCUGGUGGUGGUGAUGUUGGCGGCGGCGGAGGCGACCCCGACCUUCGGCGACUACAACAAGGGCUACAAGUUCUCGGGGCUGUCCGGGGGCAAGUUCGGGACAGGCGCCUCCUUCGAUUCCUUCUCCAGCUUCGGUCCUGCCAUCGCGCCCCCCAUCGCCCCAUCCUUACCCAGGGGUGAGCUGUGCGAGCCCGAGUUCAUCACCAAGACCGAGUACGCGACGGAGACGCAGAAGGUGGUGCAGCCCGUCACCUUCACCGAGUGGGAGACCAACAUCGUCACGAAGAUCAUCAGGCAGCCCGUCACCGACACGCAGUUCAUCACUACGACGAAGCUGCAGCGCCAACACGUCACCGACACACAGGUGGUCACGAAGGUGCAGUAUAACCGCCAGUACGUCACCAACACCGAGUACGUUACGGACGUCCAGCGCGUGACCACCACCGUGCCGGAGAUCAGGUACAGCACGCAGGCGGUGACGCAGUUCCUGACGAUCACCGCGCCGCCGCAGAUCAGACACGUGACCCAGGACGUGAUCAAAACCUCGUACGUCACCAAGACUCAGGAGGCGCAGGUCCGCUACGUUACCAACCACGUGACCGUGACUCAACCCCUGACUCGCAUCCAGACCAAGGACGUCACUCACUACGUCACCAGCACCCAACAGCAGAUCAAGUACGUGACCAAGGAACAGCUACGGACACAGUUCAUCACCACGACUCAGGUGCAGCAGCGGUUCGUGACUCAGCAGGUGACGGACACCCAGUACGUGACCACCACCAAGAACAACUACCAGACCACGUACAUCACAACGACGCAGGUUGAUAUCCGCUUUAAGACCACGCCGGUGACGCAGUACAUCACCAACACCCAAACGCAGCUGAGACACGUGACACAAAAAGUCGUCAGCACCCAGUACGUGACAAAGACCCAACCUGAAGUACGCUACGUCACCCAACAGAUUUCAACAUCCGUGACGGACAUCCGCUACGUCACCCAGGAGCCUGAAAUCCGUUACUCGACUGUGGAGCUGACCAGGUACUUGACUCCAUCGCACAUCGAGCAGCGUUGCGCCAACCCGCCGGCGGAAACUCACACCCAAUUCGUGACGGAGACCAACUACGUGACUCGCUCCGUGCCCGCGCCUGCUAACUGUGGCGGCGUCGAACUCAUCCACCCGAAGAAGUUCAAGGUUGUGACUACCACCAUCCCCAUAGAGGGCUGGUAAGGGACAGGAAGAGGCGGCGGGAGUGAAGGCUGAACAGGAAGAAGAGAAAGAACAUAAGAUCGAGGAGAGAAGGAAAAUGAAGAAAACAAACAGAAAGGAAAUCAAAUCACAACGAAAUAUGAAGAAGAGUGGAGAGUGGAAUGUAGACUGAGAAGAAAAGGAAAAGGGUGAAGGAAGAAAGGAAGGAAGGCUGCAUGUUGUGAAGGCAGGAGAGUGUUCAGUAGUGUGUUUAGUCCUCUCUCCUGUCCCCGUCCACUUGUCGGGUCAAAGAGUGUAUGUGCUUGUGAUGGGUGAUGAAAUAUACGACUUGACACA